CUCAGAUCUUCACCGGAACUGGUUCUUCUUCAGUAUUGCAGAGAGACUCAGUGCCACUAGCAUGCGGACCUCACUACACCGGGAACCAUAGGUCAGUGGGAUGAGUCCCCUGCAGUAAUUACUGCAGGGGAGACUCAUCCGUCUUCACCAGGGCGUGACCAAAGAAAUGAGUUGGGAGUUGGGACGGAUCCGCAUGGGGAAGAAGAGGAAGGAGCGAGGCAAAAAGAACAGUCAGGAGGACGGGUUGGAGCCGUGGAGGAACAAGAAGUGAACAUUCAGUAUUGCCCCUACUGUAGUUCAUUUCGACUCCAUGUAAGUUGGUCAGUAACCCAUCGAGAGGAAAAAGUGAGUCAACUGAAGUGAUUAAACUAAGCACCAUCUCAAAGUGAACACAAAUUCAGAGUUUAUUUGGUUGGGUCGAUGAAGCGGAGCACGCCACCGGUAACCCCCAGAAACGAGCAGUUGUUCUACCAGCAAUGUAAAAAACUAGGCGAUGCAGAUGCACCAGCACUCCGGCUUCCCGGCUAUAUACGGCCAUGGAUUUCACGGUGCCGUGAUCACCGAGCCACCGUCCUUCGACCAUUCCGCCAGCUGAGUCGCUGACCUCUUCGAAGGGAGGACCAUGAGGAUGCCAGGCGGAGGAGGCCGGAGCCGAAUGCUGCCGCUCAAGAUCACGGUGAUCCUGGUCGCCGUGUCGUCGUCCCCGGCGGCGCUGGGCAUCCCGAUCGACGAGGACUGCAAGUGCUUCAUGUGCGUCUGCGACCUGGACCCGCACCCGCUCCCGCCAGAGGCGCCGUCCCGCCACCAGCCGCCGCCGGUCCCCUCGCCGCCGCCUCCAACGCCGUCGCCGCCGCCGCCGGCGCUCCCCGCGUACUACCCGCCGGCGACCGGGUACUACUACGACCCGCCGGUGCCGUACGGGUACCCGUGGCAGGGCGGGUACGGCCAGCCGGCGGGGGAGGUGUACCCGCGGGAGGACAGGCGCGCGUCCAAGUCCGGCGCGGCCCGGCGCGCCCGCCCGCUCCUCGCCGCCGCGCUCGCGUCCGCGGCGUUGCUGCUGCUGCUGCUCGUGCGCGCUGCUUGAGUUACUUCUUGUCAUCGGCAUGUCGUACGACACCGAUUGUGUCUACGUGUACUCGUGUCCCUGAAUCCCUCCCUGACCGGGCAAGUAACCAUAAAACAUCCUCUCCCGGGUGUUGUGUUGUCUCGUGUGCAGUAAACGUGUUCAACCUUUUGGUCAUUGUUAUAAAAAAAACUUUUGGUCAU